GGUUGCAUCACAACCAAAGAACUGGGUACAGUUAUGCGUUCACUAGGACAGAACCCAACAGAGGCUGAGCUCCAAGACAUGAUCAACGAGGUUGAUGCAGAUGGAAACGGCACCAUCGACUUUCCCGAGUUUCUGAACCUGAUGGCUAAGAAGAUGAAAGACACUGACUCAGAGGAAGAACUAAAAGAAGCAUUCAGAGUUUUCGACAAGGACCAGAACGGUUUCAUCUCCGCUGCUGAGCUACGCCAUGUGAUGACCAAUCUUGGGGAGAAGCUAACUGAUGAAGAAGUUGAAGAGAUGAUCCGUGAGGCUGAUGUUGAUGGAGAUGGUCAGAUUAACUAUGAGGAGUUCGUCAAGAUUAUGAUGGCUAAGUGAUUUGAUAAAAGGUGAUGAUGAUGACCUUUUAUAUGCUUCUAGGAGUU